UUGAACUCCCAAAAAAAAAGUUUAAAAAUUUCGAACAAAACAUUUUCGACAUUCGACGGUUUUUGGCGACUUCCGCGAGACCCGCGAGGCCAGUCCCUGUGUGUGUUCCGCCAGUCCGAAGCUGUCCGCCCUUGGCCAGUGGACAGUUUUGUAACAUGUGGUAAACUUGAAAACUAGCGGUUGACAGUACUUGGAGUUCGAACCUGUAAAUCGCGAGGAAUUUUGAUUUUAAAUUCGAAGAAGCAAUUCUCGAAAAAAAACUCUACGAGACCAACACGGACUGGCACAUUCUUGAAUCCCAACGAUGGCAUCAAAUCAAAACGAUAGCAUACCCUUCUACGACGUGUUUGGCUACUACGAAUGGACGCUGACACUGGCCGACCCCCGGACGAAAGGAUGGCCCCUGGUCGAUUCCCCCGUUCCGACGCUGCUCUGUGUUCUUGCCUACCUGCUCGUCGUCUGGGUUGGACCAAAACUUAUGCGAGACCGAAAACCGUUCGACCUCAGCUCGGUGCUCAUACCGUACAACCUGGCGAUGGCCCUGCUGAAUCUGUACAUUUGCGUCCAGCUGUUUGUCGGUUCCACGCAGCUCGGCUACAGCUACAUCUGUGAGCCGUGCCAGCAGAGCUUUAGUGGGCCUGAGAUGAGGAUCGUUGGAGCUGUCUGGUGGUACUACUUCUCCAAGGUACUGGAAUUCAUGGACACGUUCUUCUUCAUCCUGCGCAAAAAAGAAAACCAGCUCACGUUCCUGCACGUGUACCACCACAGUACCAUGUUCUCGUUCUGGUGGAUCGGCAUCAAGUGGGUGCCCAGCGGAAGUACCUUUCUUCCGGCCAUGGUCAACUCGUUCAUCCACGUGCUGAUGUACACGUACUACGGACUGUCCGCCGUCGGACCGCACAUGAACAAGUAUCUCUGGUGGAAGAAGUACCUCACCAUCCUGCAGCUGAUCCAGUUCACGAUCGCCCUGGUGCUCGGAGUCAACGGAAUCGUGACCGGCUGUGAGUUCCCGCUGUGGAUGCACUACACCCUGAUCGGCUACAUGAUCUCGUUUAUCGUGCUGUUUGGCAACUUUUACGCGCAGGCCUACAUUAAGGGGCAUAAGAUCAAGCAGUUUGAAAUCAAUUCCAACAGUUUGGAUCUCAAGAGCAAAAACAAGUCCGAAUAAUCGAUGCGCCCGACGACCCGACCCCCACCAGCAUCGAUUUUCAACCGAUCGAUUGUAAAAAAAAUGGAAGCCGUUGGUAGAAUGUUGUGUAAAAUGCUUAGGUCUAUCUUACUUGUCUAUAAAGCUACUUUAUAUUGCUCGGAUGUUGGACUGGAACGAAUUGAUACGAUAAGUAAUGUUAAGCCGAUCGUGACAAAGAUUUCUGGAUUUUUUUUACCAUUAGUGGAAGCGUGAAUGUUUAUGUUAAACACUGUCAAUAAAGUUAAUAAAGUAAAAAAGAUA